CCUUUUGGUCAAACUGAGUGGUUCAGAGGAGAGGUCAGCCAACAGCACACAAAUCAAUAGGCUUCAGUUAUGUAAGUGUUUGUCAAACCUGAGUUGAGCUGACUGUGGGGAGAGCUGAGGAGGUUCAGGUCCCCCCCAAAGUUACGCAAUCCCAAACAGCUGUAUAUAAGGCGGACUGGAAAGUGAGGAUCCUGUGAGCUGGAUACACGUGUAAUCACAAGAAUGCUGCGGUACGUUGUAGCCCUCUGUUUUCUGGCCUCCUCCGUCUUCUCCACCGAGCUCGAACCCUUGGAGAACAACUGCCAGAUCGCCAAUUUCCAAGUCAAGCAGGACUUUGAUAGGACCAGGUAUGCAGGUGUGUGGUACGCUGUAGGGAAGAAGGACCCCGAGGGCUUGUUCUUGCUCGACAAUGUGGUGGCCGAGUUCAAAGUGGAGGACGAUGGCAGGAUGACCGCCACCGCAAAGGGCAGGGUCAUCAUCCUCAACAACUGGGAAAUGUGUGCCCACAUGUUCGCCACCUUUGAGGACACCCCUGAACCUGCCAAGUUCAGGAUGAAAUAUUGGGGCGCCGCAUCCUACCUGCAGACAGGAAAUGACGAACAUUGGGUUAUUGACACCGACUACGACAACUACGCCAUCCACUACUCCUGCAGGCUUCUGGACUCGGAUGGCACCUGCCUGGACAGCUACUCCUUCGUGUUUUCUCGUCACCCAACGGGCCUGAGGGCAGAGGACCAGGCCAUCAUCACGCAGAAGAAGAACGAUAUUUGCCUGCUGGGCAAAUACAGACGCGUGGCACACAACGGUUUCUGCGAUAACACAGCCGACUUGAGUCAACAGUGAUCCCCUUCUUCUAGAUCCUCAUGGACUUUGUUCCAAUCUGCUAGUUUCCUCUCGCUUGCAGCCUUACAAGAGAGUAAAGACUUAGUUUUUUUUGUAGAAAUGUGUAAAUUCUCAUUCAUAUUCUCACUUUCACGUCCUCCCAUCUUCUUAAAGCAUUUAUUUUCCGUCAUGUAGGAGUAGCCUUCCAUUUGGAGGAAAGAUCCUUCAUUUCACAGAAAAAUCCCACAUUUUUGAAAUCUCGCUCAGCUAACGUGGGAAAUACAAUCUUUUGCAGCAUAUUGUAGCACAAACAUUGUUGAUAAACAUUCCUAUAUGUGUCUUAGGCCAAGGCAUGUAUAUUUAGUAGUCAUGUUUCAGAAAUAAAUGUUGUAAACCUU